GUAGACAUGCCGAACGCGGUUAGCGCGAUCCAAAUCCUCCCGGUUCCGAAGGCAACCUCUAGCGACUUCUACCAACUGUUCCACCCCGCUCAAUUCACAAUUCUGGAUCUCCCACACAUUGCAAUGGGCUGACUGAGACUGCUCACUUUCAUGAAGCUGCAAUGACUAGUGUAUCCCUACACAACCGCCAGAACAACUUCUCCUAACCUUUCCGGAGCUUCCAAGCGCCUAGCCCAGCAUGUCUCUGACGCUCAAGAUCACCUCUCUGUUCGUCAGGACGCUAGCGAAGCCGAUGGCUAAUGCCAUCAAGCGCAAUGCCCACGAGCACGAGCGAUUCAGGCGGUUGUGUGUCCGGUUCGCACAAGGACUACAUCGUAUCGAUAUGCGCAUGCGUCUCGGCCUGCUGCAGGAUCCCGCAGUUAUUGACCGACAGAUAGCAAAGGAGGUCGCGGCAGCUGAAGCAGCUCGGAAGAGGUCGCAGGCACCCACAGUGAAGACGGAAGCAGAGACGAAAGCGGAAGAGGCUAUGACAAAACAGGAGCGGGAGGCCGCGAAGAAGAAGAUAGAGGCGGCACAUAAACCGCGGAUACGGCCGCUGUCGGAGACAAAGGCUAUCGAAAUGGGCGCAAACUUUGCCGCCGAGACCUUCAUCUUUGCUGUUGGCAUAGGAGUUAUUGUGUUUGAGCAGUGGCGGCAGAGGCGGAAAGCAAGGAACCAGCGCGACGACAUUCGCGAAGACUUGGAGGAGCUUCAAGUUGAGCUAAAGACCGUUAAGGCUGAGCUGGAAGAGAUGAAGGCCAGACAUCCCGAGUCGGCGACGGGAAAGCUGCUGGGUUUCUGGAAGGGCAAGAACGAGGCUCACAAAAGUGAAGAGAAGCCACAGUCCAAAAAAAUGACGCCGUCUGGAUCCGAGACAAUAUCGGCGAUGCAGACACCUCCGCCUACACAGGCUGGCCAGCCACGAGUAGUGCAGGCCGGGCUGGAAGAGACAGAGGGGCGACAUUCCACCUCAGUUACUGAACAGGUAUUGGGCUUCUGGAAAGGCAAGACGGAGAGCCAGAAGGCAGAAAAGAAGACCCAAGCCGAGAACAACACAGCGUCUGACGACGAGCCGUUGUCCCCGCCGCAGAAAUGAGCAAUUCCGCAGGAUAAGCUCUGCAUACUACACCUUGUGACUUUGGGAUUACUUGGCGGAGGUAUUCUGUAUUCUUUUGUCGCGCUUAGGAAAGCGAAGUGUGUACGCAUUCUCCUCUCAUGAUACCCAGCCGAGUCUUUGUUAAGACGGCGCAUAGAGAUCUCCGCUUUGCGCGUCUUGAAAUCCUACGUGUACAGUAUGCUGUUGUGAUAACAGGAAAUGGUGACCAGCUGGUAU